AUGGGAGAAGACAAGGUAUCAUUGUUGAUGAAAAGCUGGGCGAUAGAUGUUGAUGUUUUGGAUAAAGAUUCUCAGAAUGCGCAAUGGAAUAAGCCUUCUAUUUACAAGUUGCCGGCGACUACCACAGGCCACGAUAACAACAAAAAAUCUGCUGCUUACUUUCCUCACACUGUCUCCUUUGGUCCUUACCAUCAAGACAAUGGUGACCAUCUUAAGAAGAUGGAUCCUCAUAAGCGCCGUGUCCUAAGUCAUUUUCUAAGAAGAUACGACAUAACUCUCCAAAAACUUGUCGACUCGCUCACCACCACCAACUACAGAUGGCAACAGGUUGAUCAUAUUGAGGAGGCCAGCGAUCCAAAAGAAUUACCAAUACAUAUUCAGAAGGAGGUAUUACCUGUAAUGCAACAUCUCAUGGAUGCUUACGACUCCCUAGAUGAUAAGUGGCGUCAAGAUCAAGAUGGGUUCUUGAAGCUCAUGAUACUUGAUGGGUGUUUCAUGCUUGAAAUUUUGCAGUGGUCAUCGGUUUAUGACCAUCACAAACCACUAUCAACUGGAACAGCAUCAGAAGCUACAACCUCAGUAGUUAGAAGAAACAAACAAAAAACUACAGCCUCCGCCUUGAAAGGCUCAGUGUAUGAGCACUGCUAUGCUGACAAUGACCCUAUUUUCCGUCUUCACGGCAAAUCAUUGGUAUCAUCACCCAAUGACUUUACCACUGUACUACAGUGGCACCCUAUGCUUCUUCUUAAGACUUUGCUUGGUGCUGCUCUACCCACUGAACCAAAGGAGGCUAUCGAAGAGCAUUUGAACAACAUUAUAUUGAACUUCUGUGGACGCAAUUCACAAUAUGGAAACCAAAAUAUGUGUCCAUGCUUGCACGUCAUAACGAAUCUUCACGAGUCUGGAAUCAAGUUUGAGGAAAGUACUAGUAAUUUUCACCCAACUGAAAUAUGGGUUGAAGGUCACACACUGAAACUUCCAGUGGUGGACAUCGACGACACCAUAGAAUCGAAGUUACUCAACCUGAUGGCAUUCGAGAGGAUCCACGUAGGAGUAGGGAACGACAUCACGUCAUACGUGUAUUUCAUGGACAGUAUCAUCGAUUCCGCAGACGAUGUUAAAAUCCUGAGGACUAGUGGUGUAUUGAUCAAUUCGAUUGGAAGUGACAAGGCAGUGGCAAAGCUGUUUAAUGAAUUGUCCAAGGGCGUAACCCCAGACCCUGAGAACAUGCUAGAGAAAAUAGUGCUGAAAGAGCUGGAUGACCACUCUAAGAAUCAGUGGAACGAGUGGCGUGCAACCCUCAGUUACACCUACUUCAAGAUCCCAUGGGCGUUUCUCUCCCUCUUGGCUGCAGUCCUACUCUUGGCUCUCACCAUAUCUCAGACCUUCUAUUCUAUCUAUGGUUAUUACAAGCCUCGGAAGUAG